CACAAUCCAGUAUUUAGAGGAAAUAAGACUGAAACAGCAGCAGCAGAAGAUGAUGUUAUUAUUUCAGUGGGAUAAUGAGAGUCCAACAACCUUUACUAACAUUAUAAAUGAACUUCACUUUAAUGUCUUUAUCUCGUCUCUGUUGUGAAUGUCUCCUCCUCAACACCAGGGGUCUCUGCUCUCAGAAGAGGGAAAAGAAGAAAGCCCAUGAGAGCAGAAAAACGUUUCUCCCUCUUCAUCACCAGCACCAGAUAAAAAGUGGCCCAAAACAGAAAAACACAAACAUACAUGAUAUUUAAUUAAGGUCCAUAUUCAUAUAGACUGACACUGACUGACACAGAUGUCAAGAUGCAAAUAAAGGGAAAGAGUUGGACGAAUACACAAAUAUAGAGGAAGUGAAUAUGAUAUAGGGGUUUUCAGAGAAAUACACAAAUGAUGUGAUGACGAAUGAGGGAUGAGAGCAGAUAUAAUGAUCACACUGUUUAAAGCUGCAGACAGAAACAUCAGACUCAGGACAGAAACACACGACCUCUAAAAAAUGGAGCAAACUCUAUAUUUCAUUCUUCUUCUCAUUGCUCUCUGCUCCGUAUCUGAAUGUGUUCAGCGUCAGUAUCACUUUAUACGUGAGGCGAAGAGCUGGACUGAAGCUCAGAGAUACUGCAGAGAGAAUUACACAGAUCUGGCCACCGUUGACAACAUGAACGACAUGAACGAGCUGAAGAGUGUGAGUGAUAAAGCUAAUAACUAUGUCUGGAUUGGGCUGAAGAAGACGGGUGUUGAUAAAUGGCAGUGGUCUUUAGGUGAUCCUGUGCUCUAUCUGAACUGGGGAUCUGGACAACCAAAUAACGGAGAUGAGAGGUGUGCUAUAAUGACAAAUGGACAAUGGCAUGAUGGGUCAUGUAGUGACAGCUGGUUUGUGCUCCACUGUAUGAACAGGUCGAACACAGGACUUAUCUUUGUCAAUAAGCAGAAGAAUUGGAGAGAAGCUCAGAGUUACUGCAGACAGAAUCACAUUGAUCUGGUCAGUGUGAGGAACCAGAAUGAGAAUCAACAGCUUCAGAAGUUCAUCAAUGAUAGUCGCAUAUCUGGUGAGGUCUGGAUCGGUCUGUUCAGAGACUCAUGGGAGUGGUCAGAUCAGAGUAACUCCUCAUUCAGAUACUGGAAGUCUGAUCAGCCUAAUAAUAAUGGAGGAAAUCAAAGCUGUGCAGAGAUUUUGAACGCUCAGGGACAAUGGAAUGACUACUUUUGCAACUACCAGUUUCCUUUUGUGUGUCAUGAAGAUAAACUGAUUCUGAUCAAAGAGAAGCUGACGUGGUCUGAAGCUCUGAGAUACUGCAGACAGAAUCAUGUGGAUCUGGUCUCGGUUCAUUCAGGAGAGAUGCAGCGUCGUGUGAUGAAUGUGGUUAAACAGGCGUCUACUGGUGCGGUGUGGUUGGGUUUACGUUACUCCCACAUUUUGGGCAUCUGGUACUGGGUGAGUGGAGACACUGUGUGCUAUCAGAACUGGGCUCCAGGGAACAGCACAGCAGUGGAGAACUGUGAGUCUGCAGUGAGAUCUGGAGCAGUUCAGUCUGGAGAAGAUCAGCGCUGGAUCAGCCGUCCUGAAACUGACCAGCUCAACUUCAUCUGCAGCAGAUAUUAAGAAUGAAUUAAUACACAUACAUUUCAUGUAAGAUAACAAAUGCUUGUGUGUUCACUUCCUUUAACUUCAUUUCAUUCAUCACAUGGUUGUAAAGUAAUAAUUUCACCCUCAGUAUGCAGUUGUAUCUGAGGGUGAUGGUUGCUUUCAAAACACUGUUUCAUGAAGCUUUGAGAAUCUUUUGUUGUGAAUCAUUCAGCACACGUAUCAAACUGCUGAUUUCAGUAAACAAGGCUUUGUUACUUUUCUGAAACAUUUUUAAAUUUUAAUGGAUUGCCACUAUGAUCUCUGUGGAUUACCUUUUCAAUUUUCUUUAUCACACUUCCAUUGAAAAGCGUAAGCUUCAAAUAUGAGCGUAAGAAAACUUCUGCUGUUGCCUGAAUCAAUGGCUGUGCUCAUAGUACUGGAUUGUAGUGAUUUAUUUAUGUCAAAUUCAGCACAGAAACUUCUUCUAAAGACAG